GUUGUCAAUGGAAAUGUUGUCAAUGUGAAUGUUGUCAAUGUGAAUGUUGUCAAUGUGAAUGUUGUCAAUAGAAAUGUUGUCAAUGUGAAUGUUUAAAGUUUAUUCAACCCAAAUAAUUCAAACCUCUUCUUCUUUGUGGUAAAAUGUGAGUAAGUGGUUAAAUGCUGCCUCCACCCACCUCUGAUGCAGUCAGACCGGUCCGCUGUCACAUAACCCGCUUUCAUUGGAUGCUGCUCUCCUAUUGGCCGAUUGCUUGACUGAACCUGAACACACCUGAGAGAGGUUUGACAGGUGAGUUUCAGUCAGGCUCAGAGCAGUCAGUCUGAAGGGUGACGUUACUCACAUUGCAUUACAGCUGAAGAAGAAGAAAGACGAGUGAUGGGUCAGACUCAGAGCUCCAACUCUCCUCAGGUGGUCCUGAUGGGUUUGGACUCGGCGGGAAAGUCAACUCUAUUGGCCAGACUGCUGACAGGACAGGUGAUGGAAACAUCUCCAACCAUUGGAUUCAACGUGGGAUCUCUGGAUCUGGACAAGAAGACAUCUCUGACUGUGUGGGACGUCGGAGGACAGAAGAGCAUGAGAGCCAACUGGAGGUACUACCUGGACGACUGUAAGGCUCUGGUGUUUGUGGUGGACAGCAGUGAUCCGGGCCGACUGCCGGAGGCCCAGAAGAUCUUGAAGAAGAUCCUGAAUGAGGAGAAGCUACGAGGAGUUCCGCUGAUGGUUCUGGCCAACAAGAAGGACCUGCCCAACUCCAUGACCAUCCGGGAGAUCUCCAACCAGCUGGAUCUCCCCAGUCAUGAGGACCGGUUGUGGGAGAUCCAGGCGUGCAGCGCUCUGCAGGGACUCGGCCUCCAGCAGGCCUUCAUGUCCAUCAGCAAGCUCAUCAAGAAGACAUGAGGAGGAGGAGGAGUUUGGUUUGUUGUUGAAACUCACAAUAUGUAUUUAAAAUAAACCUGUUUUUGUGUA